UACAUCGUUUUCAUUCAACAACGAAACGCAGCCGUCAAAACACGAAAAAACAUGGCGGAGAAAAUAGCAGCUGUUACUGGCGCCAAUAAGGGAUUAGGGUUCUCAAUUGUCAAAGGAUUGUGCGAAAGAUUCAACGGUAUCGUGUAUUUAACGUCUAGAAACGAAAAAAGAGGAUUAGAAGCCGUGAAAAAAUUAAAUGUUCUUGGAUUUAAACCGCAAUUUUAUUUACUUGACGUAAGUGACAGAGACAGUAUUAAAAAAUUUGCAGAUUAUAUUAAAACGAAACACGGUGGUUUAGAUGUUCUUGUCAAUAAUGCAGCUAUAUUAGAGUUGGGGAAAGUAUAUCCAACAUAUGAAGAAGCUAAAAGGAAUAUUGACGUGAACUAUCGGAGCCUAUUAGUCAUCGAAGAGUUAUUAUAUCCCCUGCUAAGAGAUGGCGCUAGAGUCGUCAAUGUAUCAAGCGCGUGUGGACAUCUUUCAAAUUUAAAAAACAAAAAAUGGCUAGACGUUCUAAUGAAACAAGAUUUAAAGACGGAAGAAAUUAAUGAUUUCGUUAAUAAAUAUUUAGAGAGCGUGAAAAACGGAACGUUCAAGAAAGAAGAUUUCGUUGAUGAGGGAAAACAUGCGGAGCAUAGAAUUUCUAAAAUAGCCUUGACGGCUUUAACAAUGGUGCAACAAAGGAAAUAUAAUGACAGAAACAUUUCUAUAAAUGCUGUUCAUCCAGGCCAUAUGAAGACUGAUAUGGCUCAGGGAGGAGGAGAAACUGAUCCAGAUGAUGCUGCGGAAAUUGUUCUUUACCUUAUUCUAGAAGCUUCACCUAAUCUAAAAGGAGUAUUUAUGUGGCAUAAUAAGAAAUUAGUUGACUGGUAUGAUGUUGAUGGUGAUUAUUAUUACAAGCACAAGGAUGAAGUCCAAUGAUAAUAAUAAUAACUGGCAUUAUAUCAAUGAAUUUAAAUGUGUUAUACGUCCAACAUAUCUUUCAUACUUUCAUUAAUUAUUAAUAUUUUAGGUCGCAAUGUAUAAAAAUAUACAUACAUGGCUUUUUACCUUGUUUCCUGUUUAUUUGUUUGAAUCUUGUUAAUUUUAAUUUUCUAAUACAUUAAUGUAAUAAAUCUUAAUCAUUA